UGCUGCCCCGAACCACCACGAGUGAAGUCAAACUCACUAUUUGGCCCUCGCUCUCUCACCGUAAUUCUUGACAGAGCCCACCGGGAUUUGCACUCGCAAUGCACACCUGCUUGCAGAUUUCGGAGAUUUUGAAAAUCAUUUUUGCAGAAGUGACACAGGUCACAGAUGGCGGCGUACAACCAUCAUAUACCACUCUGUACCACCUGGCGUUGACGUGUCAAGCUUUCCGAGAGCCGGCGCUGGACGCCCUAUGGGCGCAUAUACCAACGCCGGAUGUGCUUGUCAUGUGCUUGCCUCAGGACGCUCGUUCUCAACCCAUACUAGAAUUGACCUUGGAGAGUUUCGACCAGUUCGAAUGCACGCAUUCCGGGAUCGCCGCAGCAUUCAGGGUGAGGCUUCUCAGACCCUUGACCACUGAUGAUUGGGCUACCUUUCAAAUGUAUGCACGUCGCGUGCGCUCGCUCACUUUCGCAAAAUAUGAUGCUGAGUCCUACGCCCUGAUGAGAGAUCGCGGGCUGCACGAUAGCGCUGCGCUUGCUCUCCUAGGUUCUUCUGCUUCGUUGCCCCUGCCGUUUCCUCUGCUCCGCGAGCUGUGCUGGAACGACCAGCGCGACGUGCUUCUGCCUUGCCUCCAGCGAUGCAUUUCCAACUCCCUCACUCGAUUAGUCAUUCAUUCGGAGCUUUGGCCAUCAGCAAUGGUCGAUCUCGUCGCAGGCUUGGGAAAGACUUGUCCUAUGAUCAAAGAAUUUCGUUGUUCGAUGCCGCCCGCUAGUGCAUGUGCCAUGCUUUCUGAUAUCGUCACCUACUGGGAUGAUCUGGAGAUCUUAGAGAUGGGAGUAGUGAAUGCGCAGGCAUUGCAGCAUCUUGCGUCCCUGAAGAAGCUGAGAGAGUUGAAGAUGCUCGUGCCAGAAGGUCACAGCCUGGACGUAGACUCGACAUCGACGUUCAGCGUCAAGUUUUCGUUGGACGAGUUCAGUAUAACUGCUGCAAGGAUCGAGCCGCUUCUCGCUUUUUUGGCGCCUUUGAAAAUUUCUGCGAAAAGCGCGAAUCUGCAAAUCGACACAGCUUCAAAUGCGGAUGAUCUCGGCCAACUACUUUCCUCCCUCAUAGAGCACUUCGAUCCCAACGUUUUAGAAUCAUUGGAUGUUUGGAUGGCCCGCCCCACUGACCCCACCAAUCACGCCCUUUCCGAACUGAGUGCUUCCGCCUUUGAAAAGAUUCGGGCCUUUACAGGGCUCACCAAUCUUAAUCUCAGUUCAAUCCAUGCCUCUAUGACCGACCAUAAACUUCUAGACCUCAUUUCGGCUUGGCCGAAAAUGGAACAUUUUUACCUUGACACGGCCUGGGAUUGGGGGGUGGCCCGCUUGAGGGGGUCGACCUAGACACAUCGCACCCUAACGACUCACCUGUCUGCGUUGAUCACCAAUACACUGGCAUCGCCAGGGAUAAAGUCACUGAACUAAACGUUGGGUCUGCGGAAUGCAACGACGUCGAGGCCAUUGGCAGCCUGCUAGCUGAAAUGUGUCCCAACUUGAUUUCCAUCGGUCGCGCGUGUCCCGUAGAUCUCAAUUACGAAGAUCCUUCCGCAAAUAACGAAUGGUUUGACGGGGAAGCAAAAUGGGAAGAGGUUAAAGGGUUCAUCGCUCAGAGGAGAAGUGGGCAGCUAGAGCAGAACAAUAUGUAGGAUUAUUACCCUAACGGUGUCUGAUGUAAAGAAUUGAUGCUGUUCACACGAACAGGUUGUAAAAGCGACUGC